AUGCCCGGCGACCAAGACUCGUCAGAUCUGUCGUCGCUUUCAUCCUUAUCGCCGGCGCCCUCAGAUGAUGAGAUUGAUAUCCCCGAGGAUAUCGACAAAUCAACGUCCAAGAAGGGCAUCUUGGGCUACUUCUCUAAGGUGUCUGAGCAAGCUCCAAAAGAACCCUCGCCGCCGCCUCGAAAGCGAUCACCGUCACCACCACACGAAUAUGUUCUCGCCGAUAACCCAGACAUUGCUUUCAUUGUGAUGUUUCGAAGCCGAUUUAACGACGCAUUUCCGAAAUCAUUGACCCAUUUCGGCCCUCAAGAACUCGAGCGCGACGUUGUGCAGACGAUUCCUGGCGAUCGGGUCGAGAGUUUUCUAUGUGCCAUCCUUGGCCUCCUCCUGAACCGCAAGCAAGAUGUGAAGCCUGGUCACUACGGACGAGCACUUGAAGAUGCAAUUUCCACACACAAGAGUCAGUGGGCGCCUCAAUGGGAGAACAAGAACCCCCUUUCAGGCAGUCGCAACUUCAACAGCAUGGAUCCAACAGAGAGGCUGACUUUGCUGCGAACCCUGAUACUCUGGUCGCUGUCAUCUUCGGAAACAGUCAAAGGCCUAAUAACACAAUCCUACAAACAAAACCGCCACGAGGACGAUCUCAACCAGCCGCGAUCAGUGCAGCCAUGGGGAACCGAUGGGGACAAGAGGAGAUACUUUCUGAUUGAAGGGCAAGACGAUACCGCUUUUCGGGUGUAUCGUGAAAGCAAUCCAGCGGGCUCCCAACGAACAUGGUUUAGCGUCGCAGGCUCGAUUGAGGAGCUCGCAGCUCUUGCUGAUAAGCUGGAAACGAAAGAUGGAGGUCCGAAGGCGAAGAGGUUUGCCUCUAAAAUCAUAGCCGCCUUGCCGCGAUUCGAGGCUGGAGAAGAGAAACGGAGACGUCGAGAUUACCGACAGGCCCAGAAGGAGCGCUUCAAACGACCAGAUCCGGGGUUCUCUAUGUACGAGGGUCGCACACGUGACUCAACCAACCGACGAUCCGCGCGCAAUACUGGUGCCCAUACGCCUGCAGAACAAGGACCUACCAUCACCGCAAGCGGUCGACAAAUCAAGGCCCCUAGCCGGCUAAACGUGGCCACUGGCGAGAGCGCACCGAACAGUGUCAAAGGGGAUUCGGAGCAAGAAGGUGAUUCACUUGGACCUACAGGUCGGCCACGAAGGUCAGCCGCAGCUCACCAAACCUCAAACGACUGGGCUGGAAGGGAAUCGCGGUCGCGCCGAGACGCAUCCGCGGAUAGCGACGAAGAGGAGACUGAAGCGGAAUUUGGCGACGAUGAGGAUGAACACGUGCCGGAGGGCUCUGAUGCGGAGGACGAUUUUGACGAAGACAUUGUCAUGGAGGACGAAGACUUGGACGACCAGCCGAGGAGUCUGGUAGUCAAGCUUUCUGUCACCCCGCCCAAGUUGAGGCGCGCUCUUACAUCAGCAGAGCAAGCUCAUCAUCAGACCACGGACGUUAGCAGACCAAGCCUACAAAAUGGACCUGACUCGGGUCCUGGCGUUCAAGAUGGAGCAACAGCCGCCCAAGAGAAGCUCGCCUCUAACCCAACGCCUGCAGAGACGAAGAGUGUAGGAGCACUUGAGGGCGAGCGCGUUGACAACACGUUUGGCGACUUCCUUGGCUUUUAG